AUGUGGGAAUUUAAUGCUCAGCCGAUCAUUUGCUUUUAUGCAACUACUCUUCCACUUCUGUAUUCUAUGACAAGACCAAUGUUUAAUCUAAACAUUGCAAAAAGCAGUGACCUCGUGACCUCGUUCUGGCAACUCCUGCGACGCCGCUGGUGCCACACCGUAUCGGUCGUCGCCGUUCCCUUGGGGCCAUCAGCGGCGUGGCCUGGGACGCCCGAGCACUCGCUACUGAAGCAGGCGCAGGCGACGCAGAGCUCGGGAACCAACCUGCACUCCGCCGCCCAAGAAGAUCUCAAUGACUGGAUUGCCGUCAUGUGGUUAGUCAUGGAUUUCUUCAACAGAAUUAACUUGAUAUAUGGGGAUUUCCUGCCCGUAGGACCCAAAUUUGAAUACUCAUGGGCUGAUGGUGGGUAGAAACGCGAA